AUCAGAGUUUUCAAGAAAGAAUUUGGUGUCCCCACAGGUCUCCCUGCGCCUCUGCUGCUCUCCUCGCCCUCCCCCAUUGGAGAGGAGAGAGCCUUAUAUGGCCGGGGCUGGCUGUCACACAACCUCCUGAGGGUGGUGCUGAAAGGACAGCUCCCUGAGAUCCGCACUCACAGCCAGCAGUCAGCCACCUCUGGAGCCUCCACUAGAAACCUCAAGCAGCAGGAGCCCUGUGGACCUACGGUGCAGCCAUGACCUGGGGGACCACCACCACCAGACACUGGCAGGAAGCCCCUGAGAUGCCCACAGCCGCACCAUGAAGAGGCAAAACGUCAGGACCCUAGCUCUCAUCAUCUGCACCUUCACCUACCUGCUGGUGGGAGCCGCUGUCUUUGAUGUCCUGGAGUCCGAUGAGGAGACUACAGAGAAGAAGAAGCUGGAGGACAAGAGGAAUGAGCUACGGGGCAAGUAUAACCUAACGGAGGAGAACUACAAGGAGCUGGAAUGGGUGGUUUUGAAACUUAAACCUCACAAAGCCGGAGUGCAGUGGACCUUCGCUGGGUCUUUUUACUUUGCCAUCACUGUGAUCACCACCAUAGGUUAUGGACACGCUGCUCCGAGCACAGAUGGAGGUAAAGUCUUCUGCAUGUUCUAUGCUCUGCUGGGGAUUCCACUCACCCUGGUCAUGUUCCAGAGCCUGGGUGAAAGGAUCAACACCUUGGUUAGGUAUCUACUCUACCGUAUCAAGAAGUGCCUUGGAAUGAGACGGGCUGACGUAUCGAUGGCUAACAUGGUCAUCAUUGGAUUCUUCUCCUGCAUAAGUACCCUGUGCAUUGGAGCUGCUGCUUUUUCACACUACGAGCAGUGGAGCUUUUUCCACGCGUACUAUUACUGUUUUAUAACCCUCACCACCAUUGGGUUUGGAGACUAUGUGGCGCUUCAGAAGGAUGCGGCUCUGCAAAAUAAGCCACAGUACGUUGCCUUUAGCUUUGUGUACAUACUGACGGGACUUACCGUCAUCGGAGCUUUCCUCAACUUGGUGGUUCUACGGUUCAUGACCAUGAACGCAGAGGAUGAGAAGAGGGAUGCUGAACAUCGGGCCUUGCUGAGCAGGAACGGUCACUCCAGCAUUAACACCACAGACACAAAUUCUUCGACAGGGGGUUUUCGGAAUGUGUACGCAGAGGUUCUCCAUUUCCAGUCCAUGUGUUCAUGCUUGUGGUACAAGAGUAGGGAAAAACUACAAUACUCUAUCCCCAUGAUCAUACCCCGUGACUUGUCCACCUCCGACACGUGCAUGGAGCAGAACCACCACUCUCCCGGCAGGUUCUUGGUCACCCCGUCCAAUGGAUGCAUUUGCAACAGCCAGCAUUCGGCCAUCAGCUCCGUUUCUACGGGACUGCACAGCCUCUCCACGUUUAGAGGACUCAUGAAGCGGAGAAGUUCUGUAUAGCCCUAAUCAGUCCAAAAAAAACACAGACAUUUAUUACAGUGUCCUGAAGCAAUCGUAGAGGGUGCAAGCAAAUGAAACCUAGCUUUUAUUAAGUUGUCCCUGUCUCCUGCACAGAGUGGUGGCAGCCGUCUGUGGGACUGAGAUAUACAGCUUGGCGCCUCAUACCUCAGUGAGGUCUCCAGCUCCCAGUGAUUGACAGGCUGAACCCACAUUCAGUACAAGGAAAGGUUUGCAGACAUUGCGUGUAGGUGAAUGCCAAGAAGUGACAACCUCUCGUUCUUGUUUUGCUGGUCCUUACAUGUAGGAUUCAUACCAGUGUCUGUACAGUUAUUACAGGUGUCUUGCACAUCACUGCAGAGCAUGUUAUACGUGCUGACAGCCCUCACAUAACAUCUGUCUAUUAUGUAGCAGCCUUUGGGAGGCAGAUACGUGUACGAGUCCUUUUGCUGAAAAUAAUGAGAGGUAACACUAAUAAGGAUUUGUGGCUGACCAUCUCAUGAAUACUUAAAGCCAUUUCACCAUGUUUUGUAAAUUGCACCUCUGCAGUAUGCUGAAAUUCUAUCUUUGCAGUGUCUAUGACAUGUAACACCCCUCCAUCACUGAAGAGAAUAGCAAAAUAUACUGUAUCCUUUCCCUGGGACAGUCCUGCAGUAGCCUAAUGCCUUCCUGUCCUCAAGGGGUAAAUUCUGCGCUGAUUGCAAGGCGGCCUUUACGUGCCCAACCUAAUAAUAAUUCCAGGACUGCUAAUUUACUCUUAAUUAUCAUUAAAUGUUAAAGUUGUUUGUUUUUAAGGCCAAAUUGCAUAUCUCUGUACACCAUUUACAACAAGAAAAUGUGAAGACGGUAUAGAGGGUCCUGUCAUCCAAAAAUAGCUGUGCUUGCUAAAUGAGGUGCAGAAAGCAGACGCUCAGGGACAUCUCCAUUGCGCAGCUUCUGAAAUCAGGAUAAAACGUUAAUUUUUUUUCGAUAAGAUUAAUUAUUUUCUACAAAAGCCGCAGUCUCAGCGUCACCCCUGAUUUAGAGCGGGUAACACCCAAGUGCAUUUGUGCCAUGUAAAGAUAGCCGUGGAGCCCAACUGAUGCCAACGUCAUGCAAGCAACUUGUGUCCAUAUGUCUGUGGGUGAGAUUUAUCAAACCUUUGAGAGAGAUAAAGUUGAGAGGUUGCCCACAUACCCACCCCCCUCCCCCAGAUUCUGAGAAAGAAUGAAUACAGUAAUGCUCUGUCGUAAGUCACACACAUCCAAUCAGUACAGAAGAUUACUGUAACAUCAGACCGUUAGGCUGCAGACCACAGAAUACCUGAACGUCAUAUAUAGUAGAACCUGUGAGCACAUAAUUAUUAAUAUAUCUGUCAGUAAGUGCUCAGUAUCCGUGUCUGGAAAUAGAAAAUAACAAGCAGCCCUGAUAGCCGAGCAAAUCUAAAAACAUUACAGCUCUGUUAUUGUCUGUCCUGCCAAAUCCAGGAAAUUCACCAAUUACUAGUUUAUAUUCCAGACCUGGAACUGUGUCAUUAAAAGACUUUUGCUGCAUUAAUUCAUUACACUCAGUAGCUUCUGAAAUGUGUAUCCUGCUAUCUUAUUGUUAUCUCUUCAAACAAUUGAAUUAAGCAGCUAUUAGAAUAACCAGAAACUCAGCCCCAGCAGGACAAGUGUCCUCUGUGUAAUGCGAUCAGUACCAUAGUUUCCUGCACAUAACCUCUGGCUCGCAGAAAACAGACUUGCAGACAUUCUGCACUUGGCAAAGUAUCAGUAUAACCGAUGUCUAGAGCCUGACGCUCAGCGCUGUAACUCGGCGCUCCUUAUGGUGGGGGCUUAUUUACUAAGCAAGCCGCCACUACCUGUUUAUAACCAAAAUGUAAAAAACACGGGUUGUUUUGCUUUUACAAGCAUUGUCCUUUUAAAUUUCGGCCAAGCAAUGGCAUUUGCAAGCCACUUCUUACUGUAAUACCCCCCUUUGCUCCUUUCCUUGUGCCUGCUUAAAAUCCAGUACCCAAUAAUUCUUAAAUGCAUCGUCAGUAUCUGACUCAGGUGUUUCAGCUACUUGAUCUGUAACCCCAACCCAUUAAUAUCUCAACAUCGAUGCCUCGAACCUCCACCAGUACCUUUUAGUUUUUGUAGCCUCUGCUUUCAGGUGGAGGAGUAAAGUGGGUUCCUUACAUCAGCCAAGGCUGGUUGUUAUAUCAUUCAGAAGUUUAGGUGUGCAACUCAUGGCUUCUGACUGGACAGGUCGCAAGUCAGUCCAAUCAGGUGAAGCAUAAGUUUAAUAUGUAGUGAGAAUAGUGGAAACUCCUUCGCCCAUAGCAGUGCCUACCAGUGGGUAAACCAAGCGUGACUGACAACUUAACACUAACGGUUGGUGCACUACUGAAAGUAGAAAGGGUUGACCAAAGGUCGCCUCCGAUAUAAUAUUUUGAAAACACAAAUGGCCACAUUAAGUAAGCUUUUAGCACAAAUUUUAUAUUUUUUCCAGGACAGUCACAAUUGUGGCCCUGGAAAUGUUUACUCAGAUUCCCCAUACAGCAAUUACAGUUCUAUAUGUAGUGGGACUAGGAAGCAUAUUACAAUACUUACCCCCAGUAAUAAGCAAGCCAUGGUUUAUAUAGGCUGAACAAACUUCAGGCCUCUUGGUUGCUCCAGUCUCUGAUCCAGAAUUCUGGAAGCCGUUCCUUAGAGGCACAUUUAUUAUUUAUUCAGGUUCUCCCAAUGCUGUGGUGAUUUUUUAAGGGUGGCAUGGUGGGUAUACAUGGUGAGAGCUACAUGCCUUGCCGACUUGGAUUUUUCACUACUGGGAAUGUAUCAAAUACCGAAACUAUUUUUGGCAAAAUGGUUGUUAACUAAUCCAGCCCCAGUCUGGUUCUUGGGUUGGGGAGAUGACCACCUCAAGUCUAGAUUCCCAGUCAACAACCCACAAAACCUGAGUUAAUAAUAUGUCUCCCUUAGUAAUGGUAACAUAGCUCAGUAGGGAUUACUUUAUAUUAAAAAACAACUUUAAAAUAGUCCAAUAGUCACCAAAGCCUUGGAAUUCUCUUUGAAAUAUAUCACCAUUUAAAAAAAAAAUCUUCGGGCUCAUAGGUCAUAUAACAUCUAUGACCAAUGUCAACCUCUAUCACUUGUAGACUCCAUUUGUGUUUCCUGAACUAGUCCCUCUGAUAAUUGUCUGUUCCUCAAGGUCUUCCCAGGCAAUCAGAGUCUGGGUAACCGAUAAUAAAAGGGAAACAUGGGAUAAGUGGAUAGCAAGAUGGGGCAUCAACCUACCUGGUAGUUGUAGUAGAAGAACCGCUGAUGGUUUCAUGUGUAAUAAAUUGAUCAUUCUACAAAUUAAAUAUAACAGGGAUUUAUCUGUAGAAGAUGUAUGAAAUGUAAAUAAAUGCACAAAUAAUGUACAGAUAGAUAGGUAGAUAGAGAGAAAGGUAGAUCGAUAGAUCGAUAGAAGGAUCUUAGAACUAUGGAUAGAUAGAAUUGUAGAACAACAGAUAUCUGCAAUUGUGGGCAAGGGUGGACCCCAUGCAUGGCCAGAAAAGCCCCGUCUGAGCUUUCAGAUCCAUAACUAGAAACCCAAAGAACUUAUCAUCUUGUCCGAAAAGGAAAAUAGUCCCGCACCCAAAUUAUAUAUGUUCUCUUGUUAUUCUGUACUUUGUAUGUUCUAGCAUUGUUUCUAUAUCAUCAGAAAGAGGUGUUUAUAUCGCCCCAGGGCUAAACAAGAAACACCUCCGUGGAUUAAAUGUAUCGCUGGUCUAAUGAUACAAAUACAUGGCUAAAAGUCACUGGAUAAAGCCAGAACGAUAGAAAGAUAUUUGGUAAAAGUUAUAGGAGGACGCACACAACCACAUUAUCUGUAGGUGAAAACCCCAUGAAAUUACAUUUUGAUGCCGCACUUUGCAAGCCAUAGCCGUACUCCUCCUGUAUCAUUAAAUAACGUGAGGCUGAUGAUUAUAAUUAUGAAGAAGCGCAGAUUCAAUUUGAGCUUUUGACCUCAGUGUCAAGGACCUCCUGAAGCUGUCUGCUCGGCCGGCUGAGGAUAAAUGCGUGGUGUCCUCACUAUGCCACGCUGACAUUCACAGGAGGCCUGUGAGGUGGGCGAUACAAUCUGCAGAAUGGAAAUUCCAGCGUCUAGCAGAGAUUGAGUCUGUCGCUGCUUAUUUAGGUAAUUGCCAAAGACGUAGAGUGAAUUGACAAUGUGCAGUAUAUGUGGCUCCAGCCUAUUGAUCCAUUUUACUGUCACAAAGAAAAUAUUUUUAUACGAAAACAGAAGAUGCGUAUGAAUGUCUGCAUGUGUGUGUGUGAGGAUUUGUGGAUGAAUUCAUCUAGAACUAACACUAGAGCAAUCUGGAUCCAUUUCCUCUGAGGAUCAGUCUCCUCAAAACACGUCAAGACUGUCGGCCAUUUUGUCUGACGUCCAGAUAGCAAACCUCUUGUUAUUGUGUGUAAAGGAUUGGUUUCAGUUUCCAUGAGACAACGGCCACCAUCCACAAAGAUUACUUGUCAAAAUGAAAAUGGAAAAGUGUUACCUAAAAAUGUCACGGGUGUCAGCCAUUUUGUUCAAGGCAGUUGUGCCAACAACAUUUAUAAAAGUGCGCUGUACUUCAAGAAAUGUAGUUUUAAUUUAAAUGGAAGUCUUAAACUAAAUAAAAUAAUGUACUUGUUACUGUAUAUUGCAAAAUAUACACUGCCAAAAAAGCAUACACUUUAAAAUUGAUAUAGGAUGCACCUUAUCUGAAGCAACAUAUCUUCAUUCCUGAGGUAAAAUUAUACUUAAACGCAUUUAUUUUUAUUUUUUCAAAAGCUUGUGAUUAAAACUAACCAAUAAGCAUCGGUUUAUUUUGCGAAAGUGAGAUUUUUUUUUUUUUUUUUUUAUAGAAAACUCUUAUCACUCUGGAACCCUUAGCAGUUUGGGAGUAGCUAUAAAGUUAUAUGACGUGUUAGAUACUGUAGUGAGGUUACAGAGAUGUGUUUCCAUCCGAGUGUUUAUGAAAACUAAAGAUCCAGGUAACUGUACAGGAAAGGUGUAGCCACCCGAAGCAGCCAAUAAACUGCUUGCACUCAUUUUGUAAUCUGCAUUUGGAAAAAUAAGCUGUUAUAAUUUCAUUGGCUGCUGUAGUAUACAGCAAUAUUUCAAGAGUUAGGUGGAGAUUUGUCAAAACUUAGACAGAGAUAAAGCACCAACCAGUCAGCCCCUAAUUGACAUUUUUAAACAGCUUGUAAAAUGACAGACGCUGAUCGGUAGGUUCAUUAUCUCAGAUUUAUCAAGCCUUGGAGAGUGAUAAAUUGCACAGUGCUAAAGAACCAACCAACCAGCUCCUAGCCCUAAAUGUCAUGCUACAGGCUGUGGCCCAGAUUUAUGAAGCCUUGGAGAGUGAUAAAGUACCAACCAAUCAGCUCCAAACUAUCAUUUUUCAAACAUAGCCUGUAAUAUGGCAGUUAGGAGCUGAUUGGUUGAUACUUUAUCACCGUACAAUUUUUACACUCUCCAACGGUUGCAGUAGCGGAUCUUGCCACGGGCAAACAGAACUUUUGCCCGGGGCGCCGGCGCCAUCCGGAGGGCGCCGCACCACGGCAAGAUCCGCUGCUGCUGUGCCCCCCGCUGCCGCUGCCCGCUGUGAAGGGAAACUAGACGCUACGCGUCUAGUUUCCCUUCGUGGAGAGGACCUUUUCUGUAAUGAUG